UUUCUCCCUCCGCCACCGCAACCUAUGAACAGAUGAGAGAAUUCCAUAAAAAAUAAAAAUAAAUUAGAAAAAGACAUACACAAUAAGCAAAAAAGUUAACAGCUUAUGGGGCAAGGUCAUUUAAAUAAAAGCAAACAACUGGAGAGCUAAUAUGCCGCGCAAGCUGUUGAAAUUUUUGAUUAUUUUCGAUAAUACCUCACUGUUAUAUUUUCCUGGACAAUUUCUAUCCGGUCGGGUGCUUAUUGAGCUACAGGACGAGACACCAGCAUUAGGACUUCACUUUCAUGUCGUGGGAGAAGGAGUGGUACGCGCUGGAGGACGUCAGGAGCGAACAUACGACAAAGAAAACUAUAUAGAUUUUCGUAUGCGUUUACUAGGGGAUGUGGAUCAAGGACCUGCAAUUCUAUCACCUGGUAUACACAGUUUUCCCUUUAAGUUAGGCUUGCCAGUUGGCCUGCCCUCAACAUUUUUGGGCAGCUAUGGUUGGAUACAAUAUUUCUGCACAGCCGCCUUGCGUGAACCCAAGGGACUUACACACAAGAAUCACCAGGUGUUCAUUGUUAUGAAUCCCAUUGAUCUUAAUCUCGAAAAACCCAUAUUGUCGCAACCUUUUACCUGCGAGGUGGAGCACAAACUAGGCGUAGUUGCAUGUGUGGGUGGUGGACAAAUCAAGUGCCGUGUUAUACUAGAUCGCGGUGGCUAUGUGCCUGGUGAAAAUAUACUAGUCACAGCCUUUAUCUCCAAUGCCAGCAACGUAACCGUCAAACGUACCAAGGCGUCACUUACUGAGACCAUUGAGUAUUUGGCACGCGGCAAAACGGUACAAACGGAGAAACGUGCUUUAGCUGUGUUAGUUCGCGGCAAGAUCCGUCCAGGUGGCAAGGAUGAGUGGCACAACGAUAGUUUGUAUGUGCCACCACUGCCACCAACGAAUUUGCAAGGCUGCCAUUUAAUCAAGAUCACAUACGAUGUAUUCUUCGUCAUUGAACCCAAGUCUAUGGAGAAGGAAAUCAAACUGCAACUGCCAAUUGUAUUAGCCACAUAUCCAUUCCGCAAUAGCGCCAACGACGUAUCAAAUACCUGGCCCGAAUCAGUGCUAAAGCCCGACACACAUUAUCCAUCCACUUUGCCCAUAUUUCGGCCUUGGCUUCAUGAGAAACCCAAUGCAUGAUGAAACGUUGCUCUGCAUGGAUUGUUAAAAUAUUUAGAUGCGCCAUACAAUAAUUUAUAUACAUAACUCCAUUAACAUUACGUAAUAACUUUGCAUUAAUGCAAUUGUGUACAUGCAACUAAUGAUGAAUUUGUUCAGACACACACACAUCUACCAUGCAAAUACAUAUACAGCUAUUUAAUUGCCGUUAACAAAUAUUUGACAGCUUUUCAAACUUACCAACGGCUUCAGUCCGCACUCUAUGCUUAUAUCAAUUUGGGAUACAGCAAAUAUUUUGAAAUCACACAGGUUAAGUAUACAAUCCAAUCAUUAUUGCGAUCCGUUUCCCAGCAAACUCUUUGGAAGCACAAAUCUUAAGUAUACAAUUCGAUUUGAUAUACAUGGAACAUUACCAAUUGAACAUUUUUAAAGAGAAUAUCUUACAUAUUUACAA